CUGGCACAGUCGUUUCCAAGAUGCUGCACAGAGGAUAUGAAGCGUGGAUCGCCGACGCCCAGGGCAAGCGCUUCGUCGAGUACGGCACUCGUGUCGACGACGGUGGCGAUGCCACUGGACGAACCACGACCUGCUUCAUUCCCAGCGAGAGCGGCAAGCGCUUCAUCAUAUCCUGGAAAGACCACAGCGGCGGGCACCACUUCAGCGCGCGGCCCUAUAUCGACGGCGUACGCAUUGCGGGAAAGAUCUGCAAGCCCGGCGACAAGCGUUCGCGCAAGGCCGUGCGCACGACCUCUGCGGACACGUAUAAUGCUCUGCAGUUCGCCGAUCUGAAGACGACCGACGACGACGGCGCCGCGAUGGCGCUGGACACGCUCGGCACGAUAGAGCUGCGCGUGUUCCACAUCCACGCCGAGACCCGCUCGAAGCCCUUCCGGCCGUCCGCCUUCGACGGCGUGGGCGCCGUGCACGAGCGCAGCAAGAAGGCGGGUGCCCACUGUGUAUCGCUUGGUGACACAGUGGACGACCCUGGCCUGCCCUCGCGGGCGCGCGGGCACAAGGUGUGCAAGCUGCUGAACCCGGCGGAUGGCCCGUUCGUGACCUUCGUCUUUCGCUAUCGGCCCGCAGUGCUCCUCCAAGCGGAGGGAAUCAUGCCCUUGCCUGCCUCCGAGAAGGGCAAGGGGCGGGCAGGGCCGUCCGCUGUUCCUACCGGGGGCGGAGUCAAGGCAGAACCAUCACGCCAUAACAGCACGGGCGCUGGCGCGUCUCAGCUUACGGCCUCGUCGGACAUCAUCGAGCUCACCGAUGACGAGGACGAUAUACCGCCUCCCGCAAAGCUACGGCGUAUACCCUCUCUGGGCGGGGAAGACAUCAAGCAACCCUUCAAGUCGCCAGUCAAGCAAGAGAUGUCAUCCCGGAGAAGGCUAAUAUAUGACCCCGACGAUGUUAUAGAUUUGACCUAGGC